AUGCAAGGACAAGAUCCAAACUACUGGCCUUACGGGCAGUCGCAGCUUCCUGAAACGGAGCAGAGACAUCGAACAAUGCAAGCACGCGUGGUCAUCCCGACUGCACGUCGACCCGACUAUCAUUCGCCAUGGGCAACUUCACCUCAUUUGCAACAUGCUCCGCAGCCGUCAGUCGCAUACGAAGUCCCAUUUCCUGGGAUGGUAGACCCAUAUCAACAGCCGAACUUCCAAGCAUCGCAGCAAUACUAUCAAAAUCAACCAGUUCAGCAGCCGCCAUUACAGGGCUACUAUCAGCCUGGCAUCUCGCCAGCACAGAUCUACCAGCCGUCAUAUCAACCGAGCACAGGCUAUCUGCCACAACAGCACAACAGACCACAGCAGCCAAGGCCACAGCACCAACCCGCUCCGCCACAGAGUGCAGUGUCUCUUACAGCUCAUCACCAGUCUCCAAUCACUCCAUCCUCGAGACCGAAACCCCAGACGCAGCAGGUAUCUCGGAAAGCCCAGCCAAAUCCAAUGGCACCUACUCCACAACAGCGAACUGUGGCUCACGUCCAAAUUCCUGUCCAACAAACUCCCUCGGCUUCUAGGUACCAGGACGUACCACGGCCGGUGAAGAAGCGGCGCUCAAACGAUGGUGCCGCUCUGGGUCUGCCACAUUCGACCGAACAGCAGAAGCCACCGAGAGGAACACCAAACCAUGUUAAGCAGUGUCAACCAGAGUCCUCUCCGUUGACAGAGCUUGCAUCGUCCCAGUUGCCGAAGCCGCCAAUGCCUGUUGUUGACUAUCAAGCUACCCUGCUGUCCCUGGCUGAUGAGUAUGUCUCAGCGGCUUACAGCAUGAGCUCAGCUGUAGCCUCUUCGGGGUCCCACAAACUCGAUGUCAAGGAGUACCACCACCUGAUCGCGACAGCUCUUGGAUGCUUGCAGUCAUACUUGAAGAAUUUCAAGCCUUCUGACCCACGCAAGGAGGCCAGGGUACGCCUUAGACUUGCUCAGCUCUUACACGAAGAGACCGAGAGUUUCGGGAUAGCUGAAGAAGUGUUGAGCAAGGGCAUUGCGCUGUGCGAACGUAAUCGCCUUACUGAUCUGAAGUAUGCUAUGCACCAUCUUCUCGUCCGAGUCUAUGCGAAGCGCAAUCUCAAAUCGGCGAUUUUCGCUAUAGACAAGCUUGUGAAGGAGACCACGGACCUCAAUCUACCAAUCUGGGUCUACACAUUCAGAUUCCUGCGAGUCUCGCUGUCCUGGCACAACCACGCUCCUGGCGACACCACUACUUCGUUGAAGAGUAUUGCAGCUAUACAGACCAUGGCGGACGGAUUGCGGCAUCCCGCCGUGCAGAUCAUGGCUACUGCCUUCGAAACAGCCAUACACCUUAGGUCAGGCGCUGACGAUGCCGUCGAGAUGGCACAAAGGUCGCUUGCUUCAGCUCGUAUGCACCAGCUGAGCCCGGAGAUGCAGCAGCUACCACAGACGCGUGCAUUGCUCGAUUGCCUUGAUCUUGCAUGCGCUCUUAUGCAGUUCCGGCCGGAUCACAUUCUGGAGAAGAUGCAACACAUGCACGCGAACAUGGACUCGGCCACUCGAGACAAGGCAUGGACCAAGAACAGUGGCUUCGUUGUGCCUCUGGGAAUGUCCGCUAGCGAUACAGUCUUCACAGAUACAGCGGGAGUCAUUGCCAGAACAGAUCAAGGCGAGGCUGCUCUCUCCUUCGAGUGGAUACACAAGGGCCGACUAUAUGCUCUCGGAUAUCUCCUCAGUGGCGUGGCAAGCUCGUAUCAAAACAGCGGCGACACGAAGUCGGAGAAGUUCUUAGAUGAGGCGUUGAAAUUGGUCGAGCUACAACCUGACAAGAUGGUUCAAUCUCUUCCGACUGUCAUCGAUCGCUCGCACUGGCAAAUCACAAUGGAGACCACAAUACGUUUGCAAUUGAUUUGUGCUCAAUGUGCUCGUUCAGACUGGGUUUCUGCUCGAGAGGCAUUGGAAAAACUGCAAGGUGCAAAUUCGGCCAGCCUCGCUGAAAUGGAUGACUUCACGGCUGCUCUCAUGAUAUACAUGGAUGCUGUAUGCCGACAGGCCAACGGGGAGUUGAAGGUGGCAUAUGCCCUCCUUGCUGCCAAGGAGCUAGACUACUUGAACGUUCCCAAGGAAGAAGCUGCCUUGAGAGAUCUCAGUCUUGUAGCUGGUCUGAACCGCGCACUCUGUCUUCGCGGUCUCGGUCGGAGCAUUGAAGCGGACGAUCUUGUGGAGCAGAUUGAGGAAGCAUGUCUGGUCCACCAUCACAAGGCCGUUCCUGCUGCACACCAUGUCCUGAGAGCAACAACACAAAGCUCAACGACCGCCAUCAUCAAGAUCAAGCAGAACCUUCAAUUCGCGGUCCAAGCUGCGAAGCUCGCGAACAACAAUCAACUGCUUUGUAUUGUAAUGAGUCUCAUGACGCAGCUAUUCUUCAGCAACAUCGUGGGCGAGCAGGCUGUGAAGUCAGCCCGUGCUAGCCGGACGCUUGCGAACAAGACGCAGAAUGUAUUAUGGCGAGCAGUCGCCGACAGAAUGUACGGGAACACGCUGGAGCUGUCUGGAGAGAUGAACGAGGCACGAAAAGCACGGAUAGAGGCGGUUCAGGCCAUGGAGAGCCAGCCGCCGGCCAUCAAGCUGGCGUUUGCCGAAUAA